AUGGACUUCGACGCCCUUCGCGCACGUACGCUGCGCUCUGGAGCAGAUGAAGAGGCAGUCACAGUCAAUACAAGAGCUUUGAUAGACAAGGUACUGGCCAGAUACUCUGGAGAAUGGACUGUGUUGCGAGAGUUGCUACAAAACGCGGCAGAUGCUUCAGCAACUAAGAUCACGAUCAAAUUCGAGACACUCCCCUCAGCCACGGUGCCUGUGCCUACCGACCCCUCACCGUCGAAUCUUUUGAAGCAUACGGUUCUGCAUCAUACUUUGAAGAGACUCGUUGUGACAAACAAUGGACAGCCUUUCAGCGAGAAUGACUGGAAUAGGCUGAAGCGGAUUGCGGAAGGAAACCCGGACGAGACGAAAAUUGGCGCUUUUGGGGUUGGGUUCUAUUCCACUUUCGCAGACUGUGAGAACCCUUUUGUCUCCUCAGGAAAGGAGGCGAUGGCUUUUUUCUGGAAGAACAACUCGUUGUUCACGAGACGAUUGCAGCUGCCGGAAUCCGAGACUUCGGCAGACACAAACUUCGUCCUUGACUACCGGGACACCACGUCUCCAGUGCCUCCAUUACUCCCCCUGGCACAAUUUCUGGCAAACAGUCUGACCUUUGUUGGAUUGGAGAACAUCGAGCUUUGGGUCGACGAGUGGAAUCUGCUCUCGUUGCAAAAGAAGACGUCCCCAAGUUAUGACGUGGCAAUACCUCGUGAUAUUGAUCCCAAGACGAGUGAAGGCUUUAUGAAAGUUACCAAAGUCUCAAAAGAAAUCGCCCAGAUCGAUGGCCAGUGGAUGAGUGUCAUAGGUUGGAAGGCCACAAAGGAUACGACUCGGUCGAACGAGAAAGACUCCGCUCCCUCGCUUCGCAAAUUCUUUUCGCGGCUCGCGGGAACUGCACAAGAGGAGACCCAGUCAGAAGUUAGACCUGACCGCUCAGCCGACGGGGAAUUGUUGGCGACAAAAGUGUCUGCCACCGUUUUCCUUAACGUGAAUACAGCCACCAUCAAAACAUUUACCGGCCAGAAGUUCAAUGAGGAACUGGAGCGUGCAACCAAGAAGCCGCCUCCAAAGUUUACAAAGCUCGCCAUCCUGACGGCUCCAUACAUAGAAGAUGCUAGCCUCGCUAAUGCGUCUGCUGCUGGGGAUGUUUUUGGGACGGUCCUCCCCAGCAGAGGGGGAAAGAUAUUCAUUGGCUUUCCCACACAUCAGACCACUGGUUUGAGCGCACAUAUUUCCGCACCUUCGGUCAUUCCAACGGUCGAACGAGAAUCUAUCGACUUGAACGCCAGAUAUGUGAGGACGUGGAACAUGGAGAUGCUUCGUGCAGCUGGUAUUGUCUGCCGAGUUGCAUGGUCGUGUGAGAUGCAAGAGCUCAAGGAAAAGACUCUACGAGCAGCCAACGGCAAAUCCAAGAUACGCAUGGAGGAAGUCAAUCCUUUCUUGGACGAAGCAAUUACUACGUUCAAGAACUUCACCUUCAGAGAGUCGACUCCUUCAGCUUCGAUAGGUCAGCUCCUGGAGGACGCUUUCUGGACAUGUAGCAAGAAAGCGUCUAUUGAAGUGGUUUCCACGUGCGGAGUUCUUCCUACUCACGACGUCCGGAUUGCUCCGAAGGAUAUGAGCUUCAUGGAAGGUAUUCCGAUCUUGCCUGAAAAGUUGGUCUCCGAAGCCUCUGUUCUGGUGUCGAAGCUGGUCGACUUUGGUCUCCUGACUGAGGUAACGGUGACCGACAUCAAAUGUGCACUCGAGUCAAGUCCAUUGACCACACCGCAAGUAUCCGAGUUUCUUGGUUGGCUCACAAAACAAGCAACCCGUGGAAAACUUGACAAGGCUACAAUAUCAAGUCUCCUCGCUGUCGCUGUUGCAAACGACGACAAGCCCGAGGGCAACGGAAGUCCACUUCUUCAGCUUGGAGAAAUUCGUCAUUUCUUAAAUCCCAGCCGAACACCCGUUGAUCUCCCGGUGCCGCCCUCAGUGAUGCCAUUUAAGUUCACCAAGAGCAUGAGCAAGCACGAGCUAGAGAGUCUCGGGUGGGAGGAGCUUCAACUGGUGACAUGGGUACGCUGGCUGAUUGCCCAAGCUGGAAAUCGUCAAGUCCUUGCGGAAAAUCAAGACAUUACGAAAUCUGCAGAAUUCAGCUCGCAAGUUUUGCAUCUCCUCUCGAAACAAUGGGAUUCGCUCAGCCAGCCCUCGAAAUCGUCGCUGGUAGAAUUACUCGUCAAGCACACCGUAAUACCUACGAAAUUCGGGAUGAGAAAACCUAGCGACGCUUAUUUUCCAAGUGUCAAGCUCUUCGAUGAUCUGGCGAUAGUCGAAGGCCUCGGCUCUGUCAAGGAUAAGUUUUUGCUCGCUCUAGGUGUCCGCAAGACCGUGGAGUUAGGAGUAGUCUUCGAGCGACUUUUGGCAUUGGAACCCAAAUCUGCCAAAACCGUCGGCAGUGCGAACCCACAAUGGAGCCACGUUGAUUUAAUCAAGUACCUGGCCUCUGUACAAGAUGAUAUUCCCGGAACGGAUAUACAAAAGCUUCGAAGCACCCCCAUAUGUCCUAUGCAACUGAAGGGCAAAGACGGAGGCGAGUCUACAGAGCGCUACCGAGUGAGCGAGUUGUUCCAGCCACGACACGACUUACGCGAACUCGGGCUCCCUGUCUUAGCUUGGCCCGGUCAGUAUCGGUCCAACUCUCCAGAAGGGAAGUUCUUACACGCCCUCGGUCUUCGAACCACGCCGCUAGUCCCAGAACUCGUCCAGAUCAUGGCGGAGACGGGUCAGAAAGGGCCCAAAUAUGAUCUUGAUCGCCGAGACAGGGCGCUGGCUUAUUUCCUUUCUCACCACCAUGCUCAUGGCUAUGGCUUGUUUGAUUAUCAGAGCAUCUCGCUUCCUUUCCUGCCACUUGAGAACAAGCCCGAUCAGCUUGCUACGCCGACGCAGUGCUUUUCGAAUGAAGGAGCUGCUCUGCUCGGCUUCGAUAUUCUGAAGCGCGACUGGGUACCCCACGCCACAAAGGUCGGCGUUAGGGAACAUCCACCAAUGGACCUUUGCAUCAAUAUCCUUUCCAAACGGCCGCCGCUCACGGCCAACGAUGCUCGGGCUAUCUUUGCCUAUUUUGCAGGGCGGCUGGCAGAGAUCAACAACCACAAUAUGUCGAGGCUGAAUGUCACUGAUUUCAUUCCCAUUUUCCCCAAGAACAAGGAGAAAUCGGCUCCCAAACUUCACACGUCCCCUCGAAAUUGCUUUUUGGGCGAAAGUGAAGCCUUUGGGGAGAUCUUCCACUACGUUGAUUUCGGUGCUGAAGCGAACUCCUUUCUCAUCAAAUGUGGUUCGAAGCAAGAACCUUCAAAAAUAGAGAUUGCGCAGAUCCUUGUGAAGGAGCCUGCCCGGAUUUCUGCAACGUUCCGCAAUGCUGAAAAGUACAUGGCGUUACUCCGGAGCAUGGCCGAGGCUGCUAAGACCUUGAAGAAGAACAAGGAGCUUUGGGCCGAGAUGAGGAGGGCACCGUUCCUCCUUGCAAGCAGGGAACUCCCGCCUCCGACAUCGUCGGUAGAGAAGCACACUGCCCCCGCCGACGAUGCCGAUAAUCUCGACGAGGAAGAGGUUCAAGGCAUCCGCGAAUUUCAGCUAUGUAGUGCUGAAGAUGCUAUCAUCAUCGACGAUUAUAUCAACUACAGCCUGUUCAAGGCAAGCAUCCUUGCAGCCCCCCAAGAAGAGAGUCUUGAGGACUUUUACUUUGCUCUGGGGUCUCCACUGCUUAGCUCCCUUGUCGAGGAGGCUGCACGCCAUGGCCCGAGAGCGCAGGAUCAGAAGCCCGCACAGAAGCUACAGAAACAGAUCCUCGAAAGAUCGACACUGUUUUUACACGAACAACCCGCGGAGACCAUCAAACAUGAUGCAAAGUGGCUGGAAAAGAAUCUACAAGUUCAACUGGUCUCAUCUAUUUCGUUGCGAAGAUCAUUGCGAGGAAGGAAUGUCAGUCACACAGAAAAGCGGUCUGCUGUAAUCACAGCAGUGAAUAGAGAGUACACUCUGUGGAUCUCAGGUGCAAAGCCAGACCUCUACCAAGUCAGCCAGUCGUUGGUGCACAUUUUGCUAACAAGACCAAAACUGCAUUCUGCAAUCACCCUCGAAAUGCUGCUGAAGACGGACUUGCUUGAUCUCCGCGCCCGGGGCUUCAAUGUCUCUCGUAUUCUGCGACAGAAGGCGGCAGAGGCCCGGCUCGCCGAGAACAAGAGACAACAAGAACUCGAGGAGCAACAGAAGAGAAUUGAAGAAGAGGAAAAGGCCUGGCGAGCCUCUCAAGAACAAGCUGCAAGCGAUAGGGCUCCACGCACCCACGUCCCAGGUGGAUUCCCAGACUCACCGGAUAGCAAAGCACUGGCCGGCCAGGACUCUAGCACCGCCGCCCCAGUCGGCAGCGAUGACUUACGGAGACAUGGUCGCAACUUGUUUUCCAACCUUUCACGUCAGCUCGGGCUCGGCAACAAUCGCCACAUUCAACAAAUGCUAGGUCGCAAUGAUGAUGAGCCUCGAGCGGUCACAACUGGUGAGACUGCAGAACCGCCUCCUCCCUAUCAAUACGACCAGCAGACUGGUCAGACCAACUCGACUGGGUCGUCAGUCACCGCUCCUCAUCAACUCCGGGAGAAUCUUCUCAACGCCAUCAAAAAGUCCCGUGCUCACAACUCUUCGGAGCUCUUCAGUCGUGGAGAGACCAAUGUCCUCCAAGAGACCAAGUCCUACUGUGACGAGCACCCUGCCCAUGAUCUUACUUUUGUGGCUGAGAUCAAGGACGGUAUCCAAUGCUUUCUAUCCCCUUCAUCUGUAAACAAUUCGUCACAGUUUCUCCAGCACCACUCGGCUGGGUUGACGGCGUUUGCGGGCCUCCUGAAAUCGGUAGGAGCAGUAUUUUCCCUUAGCCCGCGUACCUUGAAUAUCUUCUUUGAAAGCUCGGGGAAGACCAUCGCCUUCAACAGAAACGGAAGCAUAUUCUGCAAUUAUCGGUACUUUGAACAACUGCAUGAGCGAAACAUGGGAGCAGCGGGGACAGGUGCGUACAGCGAGGCUUUUGUCUACUGGUGGGUGAUCUUAUGCCAUGAACUGGCGCACAAUCUUGUUGCGGAUCACAGUUCGGAUCACAGCUAUUAUACGGAGGGUUUUGUGGCUCAAUACUUUACCAAGGUUGUCGCGGUUUUAGGACAAGCUCAUGCACAGCAAAAUGCCCGGAUGGAGGCCCCUCUCGUCGAGAUUUGA